AUGUCGGCUCGUGAAUGAUCGGUCUCCGAGGCGGCAGGGAGCGUCAACGUUAUGGGUGAGCCUCCCGCGCAGCAAAAGAAUCUGGAAGGAUAUGUUGGCUUUGCAAGCCUCCCCAACCAAGUGUACAGGAAGUCUGUCAAGAGGGGCUUUGAGUUCACCCUGAUGGUCGUUGGUGAGUCAGGGUUGGGCAAAUCCACGUUGAUCAACUCUCUGUUCCUCACAGACCUGUAUUCAGCAGAAUAUCCUGGACCUUCACAUCGAAUCAAAAAGACCGUACAGGUGGAGCAGUCCAAAGUUUUAAUAAAAGAAGGUGGCGUCCAGCUGCUGCUCACAAUAGUUGACACCCCAGGGUUCGGAGAUGCUGUCGACAACAGCAACUGCUGGCAGCCAAUCAUCGACCACAUAGACAGCAAGUUUGAAGACUACCUGAACUCAGAAUCCCGGGUGAAUAGACGACAGAUGCCUGACAGCCGAAUUCACUGCUGCCUGUACUUCAUCGCCCCCUCGGGACACGGACUGAAGCCCUUGGACAUCGAGUUCAUGAAACGGUUGCAUGAGAAAGUCAAUGUCAUCCCGCUGAUCGCCAAAGCAGACACCCUCACCCCAGAGGAAUGCCAACAGUUCAAGAAACAGAUCAUGCGGGAAAUCCAAGAGCAUAAAAUCAAGAUCUACGAGUUCCCUGAGACAGAUGACGAAGAAGAGAACAGGCUGGUGAAGAAGAUAAAGGACAAGUUGCCGCUGGCUGUAGUAGGAAGCAACACCAUCAUCGAGGUGAACAGCAAGAGGGUCAGAGGGAGACAAUACCCCUGGGGGGUUGCAGAAGUUGAAAACAGUGACCACUGCGACUUCACCAUCCUCAGGGAUAUGCUCAUCAGGACUCACAUGCAGGACCUGAAGGACGUGACGAACAACGUCCACUAUGAAAACUACCGCAGCAGGAAGCUGGCCGCUGUCACCUACAAUGGAGUGGAUAACAACAGGGCUAAAGGCCAACUGUGCACCAAAAGUGACACAGUUGAAGGAAUGAGUCCUCUGGCCCAGAUGGAGGAGGAAAGGCGAGAGCACGUGACCAAGAUGAAGAAGAUGGAGAUGGAGAUGGAGCAAGUGUUUGAGAUGAAAGUCAAGGAAAAAGUGCAGAAGCUCAAAGACUCUGAAGCUGAGCUUCAGCGGCGUCACGAGCAGAUGAAGAAGAACCUGGAGGCUCAGCACAAGGAGCUGGAGGAGAAGAGACGCGUGUUCGAGGAAGAGAGAGCGAACUGGGAGGUUCAGCAGCGCCUGGAGCAGCAGAAACUGGAGGCCUCCAGAACUCUGGAGAAAAACAAAAAGAAAGGAAAGAUCUUUUAAGAGACAGUCGGCAGGACCACCCCGGCUCGAGUUAUUUUUUUUGCCAACGUUGCCGGUCAGGACGCCAGUGUGUGGCACUGACAUCACCCACCUCCUCUUCCUCUUCCUCCUUCUCCUCCUCCUCCCUUUAUUUCUCCCCCCUCCCCUUUUUCUCCCUCCCUUCUCCCUCCCCUCCUUGUCCCCUGUCCCCUGCUCUGUCUGCCAGCACAGCUGUGCUCCUGCUCCCAGCCACUAGAGGGGGGUACUGGGGGUAUUAUGGGUAUGUGAGGAGGGGGGGGUCCACAUGUACUCACUGAACUGCCACCACAGAGCCCCCCCCACUGCCUCGGGACUCAUCAUUGAAGAAUGUGUUUUCCCUUAACAACAGAAAAUAAACCCGUUUUAGAAAGGCCAAACCCAUAUUAUUAUUUUAAUUAUUAUUAUUAUUGAUGUUAUUAUUAUUAUUAUUAUUAUUGUUGUUGUUAUAACUGAAUACUGUCCCUGCCCGCCCCCUCCCCCACUUGCUGCUCUCUUUUUUUUUUUUUUUUUUCAUCCCAAGGUUGCUUUUAAAUGACUGAAGUGUACAGUUUUACGAGGAGUAAAAGAAAAAGAAAAAAAAAGCCCGAAUCAUGUCUGACUGUUGUACAAUCGAGUUCUGGUGACUUUUUAUUUGUUUACAAGAAAGAUGAAAGUAACAGUUUUUCUGAACAUUAACCCGAUAUAUAUAUAUAUAUAUAUAUAUAUAUAUAUAUAUACAUAUAUAUAUAUAUAUUAUAUAUCUCCUGUGAUGUAUUAAAGUGAGAAGAGAACAAGGCAUUAACUAAUCCUUUUUGUUUUGUUUUUGAGUGUAUCCGGUGAACCUUUAACCCUCCUCCCCAUCAGUGCGACAGUCAACAGAAAAAAAACAGAUCAAGAAAAACAAUAAAAUGCACCUUGGGCCUUUUUUUUUAUAGAUUUAAAAAUAAUGGCUAAAGCUUCUUUUUUUGUUUCUGAAAUGUAACGCUUUCUUUUUCCUGUGUUUUUAGCUAUUCUCCACUAGCCUUGGACCACCAUUUAUAAUGUCAUAUAAGUGUUAUACUUUAGUUUAUUUUUAUAUAUACCGAGCCAGCUGAAGUUAUAACUUCUUUUGUAUGUUUAGAAGAAACUCCUCAGAGAGACGGAGAGCGGCGUCCACUGUCGAAAAAGAAAAACACACUUUUCUCAUUAAAACAGUGAUCCUGGACGCUUUACACAAACAACAACAAACAAACAAACAAACAAACAAACACAAUAUUUCAAUCACUCUGCGGAAACGAUCAGUGGGGAAAUGAAGAGUCAACACCACAAUUUGCUUUGGCUAUGUACUCCAUCUCUGUAUUUUUAAUUUUAUUUUUCAUUUGUAUUGUACAAAGUCACUUAAUAAACCUGUGAUGAUA